AUGGCUGAGCUGGGGCCGGGGCCCGAGCCCGGGCGCGCCUGGAGGGUGCUCGCCCUGUGCGGGGCUGCAGUGUUCCUGGCGGCGGCUGCAGCUGGAGGGGCCCUGGUGGCCUGGAAUUUAGCUGCCUCGGCUGCCCGGAAGCCUCGUUGCCCUGAGCCAGGGGUCAAUGCCACCGUGCAGCCUGGGGACCCAGCACCCGAGGAGGUGGAGGAGCUCCGGCGGCGGCUGGCAGAGGUCACCGAGCGCGAGGACGCCCUGACCAGGAGGCUGGACCAGGCCGAGGGUGUCCGUCGGGAGCUGGAGAAGGCGCUCAAGGCUUGCGAGGGCCGCCAGAACCGGCUUCAGACCCAACUAACGGCCCUGAAGGUCGAAAUGGACGAGGCGAAGGCCCAGGAGACGCAGAUGGGGGCCGAGAACGGGGCGCUGACAGGUGCGUAG